UUAAAAAGACCAAUGCAAGAAAACAUGUUCUUUGUUCACAUUAUAUAAUGUGCAUUUAGAUUGGUUCCCCUCACCAGCCAGGCACAGGUAAAUUGAAAGGCUCGCUAACAUUAGCAGGUUAGCUAUGUUAGCUAUGACUCAUCAGUGACAAACAAACAUCUAUUUCCCUUUGCCUGUUUAAUAACCCAAACAAAUAACAUGUUAUCUAGAGGUGCCCUUUCUAAAAUGAGCAGUGGCGAAAGUUACUAUAUUCUGUUAUGAUCAAGGAGUUGAUGGUAAGCAGACAGCAUUAGCAAACUGAAAAGUUGUCUCACAUUACGGACAGACUUGCAAUAGGGGUCGUACAGAACAGAUCAACCCAAUAAAUUUGCAGUAAUCCUUACGAUAAAAUGAUAUACCCUACAUAUUUUAACCAAUUUUAGCAACGGCAACAGGCUAAGACACUGUAAAUUAGAAAGUACUCAUUUGAAGACAUAAGGAAUUUAUCAUCAGCUCACUGAAGGACAUUGGGACUUUAUCAUUGUCUUGUUCAAGGACAUUGAGACUUAAUUAUCAUCAUAUGUAAGGAUAUAGGGGCUUUAUUAUCCCUGAUAAUGUUUAGGUUUUUAUACGUAUGAGGUCCUACUAAUCCCAAAUAGCUAGGAGAAAUUAAAAAUGCAAACCAAACAAAAGUUCCAGUCUCAGGAGUUUAAACCACACAUGUUAUUCAGUUUAUAAGCCUAAUAUACCCUCCUCCAUUGAGCAUCCAGCAGUAUUAUAGCCUAAAUAUUGAGAUUAUAAUUAACUGGGUACAAAACUAUUUUUUUCUAUCACACGUAGAUCAUAAAACUUUAACAACUCAUUACAAUCAGUUGAGAAAUAAAAACAGUACACUGCUUUUUUUUAAUAAAGAAAAACUGCAGCUCCUCUGUUUAUUGUUAUUUUACAGGCAAGUCUUGACCUCUCCAAGAUGGCGGAACAGCAGUGAGGCAUCUAUGUUUCUCUAUGUACACACCGCCCUCUGUCGGCGGGGAGUCGCUUAAGACGGCUGUAUUGUAAAAUAUAAUAGUAGUUAUUUUUAAUGAGUUAACGGUUGUUUGUUGUAUAUUAAUUUUGGGUACUGUUGCUGUGUGGGUUGUUUUACAACUCUCACUAUUUAGAUCCUACCAUUUUGACCUCUCCAAGAUGGCGCCGCCGCCGAGGUACGAUCAAGCAGUGAGGCAUCCUCUAUAUUUGUACACUGCCCUCUGUCGGCGGGGAGGCGCACAUGACGGCUGGAUUGUACCGCUGCUCUGCCGUUGUUCCGUUUCUUUUAAAAAUAUCAAAGUAGUUAUUUUCCAUGCGUUAACGGUUGUUUUAUUGUGUACCAACUCUUUGUAUUGUUGCUGUGUCGGCUGUACAACUAUCACAGUUUGAAUCCUACCGUCUUGACCUCUCCAAGAUGGCGGCGACACCGACGUGCGACCCAGCAGUCUGUUUUUAUAUCUGUACACUGCCCUCUGUCGGUGGGGAGUUGCUCAUGACGGCUGUAUUGUACCGUUGUUCUGCCUUUGUCCCGUUUAUUUUAAUUUAAAAAUAUCAUAGUAGUUAUUUUUAUGAGUUAGUGGUUGUUUUGUUGCGUAUUAACUCCCGGUAUGGUUGCUGUGUGGGUUGUUUUACAACUGUCACAGUUUGAAUCCUACUUGUUGCGGGAAAAAACGCAUUUAAAAAUGAUAGCGACAGUUGUUGUUGGGUAGAUUGUUGCACUUUUAGUGGCUAUACCACACAUGUCCGAGGGUAAUGUAGUUUUGCUACGGUUGUGUAUCCCUGUGUGUGUCCCACAGAGCCGUCCUCUCUGCACUGCAGUCAGCGCCACUCGCACAGUUGGCGUAGGAAGGUCACGUUACAAAGUGGGUCGGCACUCGCUGCUGGAGAGAGGAGGACUGCGCAAAAACCACGGCCCGGAUUUGUGCCUGCUUGACGUCAUGGGGAGCCUCAGACCUCUCUGACAGGAUCCAACAACGAGAAGCACCGGGGAUGUGCGAUCAACAUCCAGCGGGCCGGGAGAUGUCGACGAGCACACGGCUGUACUGAGCCGCAUACUCACGGGAGAUUUUCCGCUGUGACGGUGCGGCUGCGGCGCGCCAUGAGCAGAGCGCCUGUCCGCUGUUAAAGGGCUGCUUUCUGCCUCAAAACGAGCUGUUGACCAGGGACGGAUAAGCAGCCGGAGGACUAAUCCCCAGGACGGUCACACAGAUUCACGGCGGGGCUUGGACCCGACAGAAAUGGACAGGGCAGCGCGAACUGGAUUACAUGAUAGGGAAUAAAAGAGACGCAGCGAACAAAGCCAACCUCAAGUGUUAUGCCCGUUAAUCCGUGCGGUCUUUAUUUGACUGGAAAUGGGAGCUUUAACAAGCAGACAAAACAUAGGCGUGGAAGAAGUGGACAUUCCGUCCAGUUCGGUGUACCGUUAUCCACCGAAAUCUGGAAGUUACUUCGCCAGCCAUUUCAUCAUGGGGGGAGAGAAGUUUGACUCCACACAUCCGGAGGGCUACCUGUUUGGGGAAAACACAGACCUUAACUUCCUGGGGACCAGACCUGUGGCGUUCCCGUACGCAGCCCCUCCACCUCAGGAACCAGUAAAGACGUUACGAAGCCUUAUAAACAUCCGCAAGGACACGCUGCGGCUCGUACGGUGCAGCGAGGACCUGAAGCUGCCAGGUGACGAGGCGGCAGGGAAGAACAGGGCCUGCUACAACGUAGAGUUCACCUUCGACGCCGACACGCAGGUGGCCAUAACCAUCUAUUACCAGGCCAUAGAGGAGUUUCACAAUGGAGUGCCAGUUUACCUGCCUCAGGACAGCUCUCUGCAGUCUGAGACGGUGCACUUCAAGCGAGGAGUGUGCCAGCAGUUCUGUCUGCCCUCACACACCGUCAACCUCAGCGAGUGGGCUGACGAGGAGCUGCUGUUUGAUAUGGACAAAGAGGUUUUCCCCAUGGUGGUGCAGGCUGUCGUGGACGAGGGGGAAGAACAUUUGGGCCACUCUCACAUACUGCUGGCUACGUUUGAAAAGCACAUGGACGGGAGCUACUGUGUGAAGCCUCUGAAGCAGAAACAAGUGGUGGAUGGAGUGAGUUAUCUGCUGCAGGAGAUCUACGGGAUCGAGAACAAAUACAACAGCCAAGAAUCAAAGGUUGCCGACGACGAGAUCAGCGACAACAGUGCAGAGUGUGUGGUGUGUUUGUCGGACGUGCGAGACACGCUCAUCCUGCCGUGCAGACACCUGUGUCUCUGCAACGCCUGCGCAGACACUCUGCGCUACCAGGCUAACUGCUGCCCCAUCUGCAGACUGCCAUUCAGAGCUCUGCUGCAGAUCCGAGCCAUGAGGAAGAAACUCAGUCCUCUGUCACCCACCAGCUUUAACCCCGUCAUCACUUCACAGACCUCCGACUCGGAGGAGCACUCAGCGUCGGAGCACAUCCCUCCAGGCUACGAGGUGGUGUCGCUCCUGGAGGCGCUGAACGGCCCCCUCAACACCUCCGUGGUGAAUCCUCCCCCUCUCCACUCCGGCCCCAGCCACGUCUCCGGAGCGCUUCCCCCGUACAGCAGCGAGCCUCACCCGGCACCAGCCCGCUCCCUCUCCCCUCUAGACCACUCCAACUCCAGUCAGGGACUCAAACUCAAGAAGAGUGGUUCCAAGUCACUUUCCCAGAAUUCCUCUGUGCUUCCCGAGGAGGAGGAUGAGAAGUCUUGCAGUGAAUCGGAGGCCUGUCGCCACAAACUCGCCGUGGACCAGCAGGAGAACGGAGUGACUCCAGACAGCGAGAACCUGACUCUGUCCUCGUCUGGAGCCAUCGACCAGUCGUCCUGCACGGGAACACCGCUCUCCUCCACCAUCACCUCCCCUGAAGACCCAGUGAGCUGCAGCCUGGUCCAGUCAGUGAUGUCCAUGGCCUCGUCCCACUCGCAGCACUCCCACAUCAGCACUGACACCAUGUCCUCCAUGUCAGGGUCCUACCUGGCCGGGGCCGAGGGCGAGCCCGGGGUGGACGAGGGGGAAGAUGCUGAGGGCGAGGAGAACCAGGACGCCCCCAUGGAGAGCCGAGGACCGUCGCAGCAGGACGGGGAGUUUUCCCAGGAGCCAAAGGAACAAAACUACUCAGUGGCUGUAGAGGAGCAGGAUUCAGAGGGAAACGAUGUCACUGAAGAGGACUGCUCCUCGCCGUCCAACGGGAAAGGUGGGCGGAGCAGGUGUCCAGAGUUGGCCAAUAACAAUCAGGGCGUCGCCCUCUGUGACACGCCCUCUUUGGGGUUGGAUAAUGAGCAGGCUCCCGACAGCCGAUUCGCCGGUCUGAUGUACCUCGGGGGCUACAGGCCUGUUUUGGAGCCCCUCCCCCACCACACCUCCACCAGCAACAUCAACCUGGAGGAGCAGGGGGCUGAGAACAGGGACGGCCAGAGUCCUAAACAUCCUCGCCGCGGACCACUCAUUGUGUAACACACUCAAACACACCCGCACACACACACACAGACACACACAGACUUCUCCGUCCAGAGUCAGCUCUUCUUACCCUGCCAUAGUGCUGCAUCGCUGGAUACUGUCCUCACUGAGCAGGGAACCCCCCCCCCCACCACCUUCACCUCCACCUGUAUCCGUCUGAACACUUCCUGGAUUGAUUGUCGUUGCUGGAAACUCGUCUCGAGGAGAAAGAGGAGGGAAGAGGAACAGAAAGGCAUCACGUGUCUGUCGUCUGUGCACUUUUAUCUCACAGGAGUUUCUUUGUUUUGUUUAUUUUUUUUGUCUGUGACCUAACUUGUGGGAUUGAUUAGCCUACUACUACGUUAUUAUUUAUUACCUGUAGGUUUAACCAAUGAGAGCUGUGCAUUGUGACACUAUCUCUAGGAAAAUACAUGCUGCUCCUCUUCUCCGUUUUCCUCUCCUCUAUUACCAGCCAAACAGUCAGGGGCUACUGUGAUCGGCAAUCUGAUUUAUUACUAAUGUACUUCUUCUUCUUCUCUCUUAUAAACUGUAUGUUGAGUGAGUGUUCGGACACUGUUUGAAAGUCAGCUCACACCGGACUACCUUACCUUAGCCAACUAAAACGUGCUGACUCUUCUCCUCGGAUCAGGGAGCUCCCGUCUCGCAUGCAGCUUUCGACCUCUGCUGAUGUUUUCCUCUCAUUCCCGCCACGAUUUUUCAAACAACCUGUGCUGAAUGUGAAUACAGAGGCGGUCGGACCUGUAAGGUGGCGUACGAGCCAAGAACUGGUGGCUGGACUGGACAGAAAUGGACUGAAAACAAAAACGUCAAACAGAAUGUAGGACGUGGAUCUGUAAGAAGGGGAAUGUACGAGACAUUUAAAUCGUCGCCUAAACUGGAAUUAAAAAUAAACUUUGAAACUGGUUCUCCAAACACACACACCCUAACCCACACACACACCACGCCAUCCUCUCCUUCUGCAGCUCCAUCUUAGCAUGUCAGUAUUAUCGUAGUGCAACUGGAACAAGUACCACCAAGCAAUAACGAUGCUGAAGCUGCAUCUCCUCCCUUUUUCUCCUGCAGGAGGACGCUCACGUGCAGUUCAAACAAAGACUGUGUUUGCACCGGCCUGUUACAUUCACACAUUUCAACGUUAUUUUUUAUUUUAAUUUGCCAUUGUAAAGGGAGUUAUUGUGAGAAAAGCAUCAUACAGUGAAUUUGAGAUUUAGGCCACACCGUGGUUAGCUGGCAUUUUGUUCAUGCUCAUAUUAUUCUCAUCCCGACGAGCCCUUCUCUCCUCGUUUGUGAAGCUUUUAGUUGUUUUGAUUUUGUAUAACUUUAUUGUAUAGCUCACCUGUUGUUGAUGUUCUCCGUUCCCGUGUUUUAAUUUGUUGCAAAACACUGUGUCGUUUAUUAGAAUGUGGAUCAAAAUAUGUGAAAAAUUUGUAAACGUUUACACACUCGUGCACACGUGCGCGCCCACAUAACAGAUAACUGAAAAGGGACAAUAUCAACAUUUAAUGCACUAUUAGCUGUUUCCUAGACGACACACUUUGCAGUGCAUGAGGCGAUAGUAGAGUAAGCAUGUUAGUCUAGGUCAGCCUGCACCCUCCUGUAGAAUACUUGAUGAUGGAUCACUGCACACACAGAAAACCGGACCAUAUCCUUCUGCAGUGUUAUAUAUCUGUUGCUGGCUCCCUUUUCCCUCGACCCUGAACUGUUAGGGUCAAGAGGACUGCACUACUAUAUCCAAGCUGCAAACAGUCACGUGAUCACAGUCCGAAUGUGUCGAUGAAGCCGUUCUGUGGCACCGGUCGCAGUAUGAUAUCAAAGGAAUGGGUCCCAAAUCUGUAAGACCCCCACUUUUCUAGAAUUAUGAGUGAAAAUGUCAAAGAAAACAUCAAAUGGAUAAUAAAGUUUUUGCAACUAAACGGUCGCUGAGUGAUUUCCUGUUUAUUUUAAAUGGGACAGAUUCAUUAAUCAGUGCAGGGUUUUGUUUCGGUUCACGUGCCUGAACAUGAAACGCUGCUCUCAGAUGUUUCCUAACAUGGUCACCGUCGCUGAAAGCUGCUUCAUACAAUCAUUUUUCAAAAUGUGCUUUGCAGCAUUUUCCCACCACGGAGCUCAGCUUGCAUUUAUGUCACCAGGGCUUAAAAUGACCACCAUUCCCACAGAGGAAAUUUAAUUAUUCAUCUGAUUAGCAUUAUAUGCAUUUGACUCAAAAUGUUCUUAUUAAACAGUUUUAUCAGUCCCCUUCUCUCCAUACGCACAUUUUCUUCCCACUUUAAUCUCCAGUUACCGAAAUGUAAUUUAAAAAGAAAAACAGUCAUGGUAAAAUGUCAAAACAAAGCAAAACAGAAAAACAAAAUGGCUGCCUUUAACUUCUUUAAAGGGAUACUGUUACUUUUUUGUUUAAAGCUGCACUUAUCAAAGAUUUAUGUUAACAACAGAUCAGUGUACUGUGUGUAAUUUAAUGGUCAACCGCAGAGAAUUAUCACUGACUGUAGUUUCCCUUCAGCUUCACAGAGCGUUUUAGCAUCUUUCCGCUUAUUGUUUUGGUUCUACAGCUCCAACUUAAAUGUUUUAAAAAUCAUCUGUACACUACCUGCUCAACACCACCUGGCAGACAGACACAGUUAGAGACAGACGGGUGAACAUAGUGGAGCACUUAGCAGCUAAAGAGACAGAUAUUUCCCUCAGGAGUUGGUAGAGACCAAAAACGGAGCUAAAAGACAGUAAAUAUUGGACUUUAAGGGUAACUUUGGUAUUUUGGAACCUGGACCCUAUUUUCCCAUGAGAUUAAUGAGAAGAACAGUUUUUAAACUUGUCCAGUAUUGAGCGAAAACAGGCUGCAAUGUAACCAUGUUCGCACAGUCAGUAUACGUCCAUUAAAAGUGUUUGUUUUUGCCACUGACAGGCUCAGAUCAUUAUUCUAAGUGUCUGACAACAUUAUAAAGAUGAUCCUACAGAGACAGACAUUUUUGUUGAAGAGUGAGAUCCUUUUUGUUGAACCAGUUUUUAUUUCAAACAAACUAGAGUGGUGAUCGUUGGAACAGUGGAAAGGUGAACUAAGACAGUUUUACUUUGUAUCUAUUGACUUUGAAUGAAGCGUGUUUUACGAUGAUAAAAUGACUGUUUAUUUAAAUGGAGUCUGGUGGGUUUGGUGAUAGUGAUUUCCGGGCUGUUUCUGGUUGAACAAAAGGGUCUGUUUCUGUAGAGAUCCUUUCCAUAACGUUGUCUGACACUUAUAAUAAUAAUCUGAGCCUGUCAGUGACAAAGACAAGCAGUUUUAGUGGCCGUACAUUGACGGUGCCAACAUGCCCUGGGUGGUGACAUUAAACUGUUGUUCCCAUUAAUCACUUAGAAACAAAAACAGAAGUUACACUUUAAAUUAAUCAGGAACAAGCUUCCCUUCGUUCAUUUACAACUUCAGAUUCACUAGAAAUAAUGAAUCCAAAGUCUCUGGGUUUUGAGUGAGUUGCAGUCGUCCUGUCAGAGACCUUUUUCACAAUGGCAUUUUGACAUGUCAUAGUUGGAAAAGCACAGGUGUGUUUAAUAAGAUUUAAUAUAGCUGCAUCCCACUCAGUGCAGGCCCUGGUAUGGUGCAUGCUGGCUCACUGGAAUAGCUCACUGGGAAACUUAAUGGAACUGAGCCAUCGUUAAGGUCACCAGCUCCAUCUGUGCUUUUCCUACUAAGACAAGUCAAAAUGUCUGCUGUGUGAAAGAGGUCUAUUUAAAUGCCUGGGGGCAGCUUCAGCAGGCAGCUGACGUCAGGGUCUCAUGUCCCAACCUAUGGUCCCAACAAGGCCUCUUAUUUUACUGUCUGUGUCGCCAUCUGGUGGCUGAAAGUGGUACUACGCUGACACCAGACUAAAGUCUCACCUUGCAGAUAUUUAUUGAGGUAGUAGGUCUGAUUAAUUCCAUUUUACCUGACAUCAGAUGAGUGUUAAAGUUACCUGGGAGGCACAGAUGGUAAACAAAUGGGCUUAAAAUCACCAGUUUUAGGAUUUGGCUCCCAUUACUUAAAGCUCUCUAAAUUUGUUCUGCUUCAUUAUA